AUGGCGCCUGCCGUACCCACCCUGCUCCUUGUGCUCCUUCUUGCUUCACUUGCUCCUGGGCAGAGACAAAGGAGGCCCCCAGCCCUGGAGAGUCUCUUUGAGAAGAUCAAGAUACAGGAGAACUUUGACCUCCAGCAGUUCUCAGGGAAGUGGUUCCUGGUUGGUGUGGCCUCCAAAUGUGACUACCUAAGAGAAUAUAAUCACCAGUUGGAAGCAACAACCAUGGCGGUGUCUGCCUCGGAAGGGAAGUCGCUGGCCAUCAGUACCUUCCGGAAACUGGAUGGAGUAUGCUGGGAGAUUAAGCAGCAGUACCGCUCCACCAAAGCCCAGGGGCGAUUUCUCCUGAAAAGCCGUGGCAGCAACGUGGAUGUGGUGGUGGGGGAGACAGAUUACAGCAGCUACGCCAUCCUGUACUACCAGAAGCUCCGGAAGAUCUCCAUCAAGCUCUUUGGACGCAGCGUCAGGGUCAGUGAUGCCAUCGUGGGUAAAUUCGAGCAGCGCAUCACAGAGAUGAACAUGAGCGAGGACUUCACCUACUACUUCCCCACGUAUGGGUUCUGUGAGUCCGCAGAUCAAUUUCAUCUGCUCGAUGAAACGAAGAUUUAGGUGAAGAGGGAAAUGCCAGAGACCCCGGGAGCCAACCAGCCACAUCUGCAGCCAUGCUGGGUGCAGGAGC